UGUUAUUUAUCAUCGCUCCUUUGUCGUUUGACUUAUACUUUUUGUUGCCGCCAUGCCUGCCGGCAGAUCAUCCAAAAUCCAACAGCACCUCAACUACCGCACGAGAGUGUCAUUGCAAGAUGGUAGACAGUUUGUUGGCUCGUUUCUUGCUUUCGAUAAACACAUGAACCUUGUUCUCGGAGAUUGCGAAGAGUUCAGGAAAAUUAGACAGAAGACAGCCAAAACUGGAGAUAAGGAAGAGAAGAGAGCCCUUGUCGUUCUUUUAAGAGGAGAAAAUCUCGUGUCAAUGACUGUUGAAGGUCCACCCCCACAAAACACCCGCCAAAGAGCCGCUCCCCGAGGAGCACAAGCUAACAUGGGAGCUGCUAAAGCAGCAGGUCGGGGCAUGCCCCCUCAACCUGGCGCACCUGGUCUGCAAGGUCCCAUGCAGGGAGUUGGUGGUCCCAGUCCCGCUAUGAUGGCUCCUAACAGAUUCGGUCCUCCUGGAUACGGUGGUCCACCCAGAAUGCCACCCAUGGGCAUGGGACCCCCUGGUAUGAGACCUAGGUUCUAAACAGAUGGACUCUUGAGAAAUAUAUAUUUUACACUGUCAUGACCAACUGAUGGACUCCAGAAUUUAUUUCGCUGCUGCGUUUUAUCAGAUUGUUUUUUAAUAUUUAUUUUACAAUCUUAAA